AUGUCCGCAACACUAGCGAGUCCGUAUCGAGGCUUCAUGGUCAACUUCACCCAUCAUGUCAGUGGUAAAGACACAAGCCAGGAUGAUAUUAUCUCUUACGGUGCACUCCAGUUGCUUCAGGAUCGACCCGAGAUCCGCUUCCAGUCCGACACUCUAGCGCCUUUUGGAUCUCCAUCGAGCUUUCUUACGGAUCGCAUGAUACCACGCCAGACCACCCCGCAUCACCAUGCCCGUGGCUAUGAUCUAUCCCCUCAGGGCAACAGAAAGCGACAGCACGAGGACGACGACAGCAACCGUGGAAUCAACUGCGAUUAUCCACCUCGACCGAGGCUGCACAGCUUGUCAAAUACAUCAGCACCCGUCAGCGAGUCGACAGAGUUGACAUAUCCAGUUCUUGCCGACCAUUUGUCCGCACAUCAACCUUCGAACCAUGACUAUUUACCCCCAGUCUCUCUCCCAAUCCCGCAGCAACACCACCACCAUCGGCUACCCGCUCAAGCCAUGGGUCUUGCAACCUCUCAUUCAGCGGGAGGAUCGAUGUCAGGCAACGGAGAAGAUGAAGACAUGAGCUUCCUGAAGCACGAUGGACUCCCGGCGGUCCUGCCCAUACCCAAAGGGCCAAAGACUAAAUUUGGCCCCGCCGAAGAUGCAACUUUGAUACAAUUGAAGGAACAUUGGAACUUCACUUGGAAGCAGAUCCAACACUGGUUUCCCGGGCGCACUAGUGGCACUUUGCAGGUCCGGUAUUGUACCAAGCUGAAGGCCAAAAAUGUCGUUUGGACUGAAGAGAUGGUUUGUUGGUUUCCACUCCUCCUUUGA